AUGCUGUUUAUUAUAAUAACAACUGUACUCCUGGCAACUAUCAAAAUCAGUCAUACAGAUGGCAUCAAAACAACUUUUCCAGUAUCGAUUAUUUUUGAUGGAUUUACAUUACAUACCUGGAUCGAUCAAUCGUUAUGGAAUAAAACUCGACAAUCGGUUGUGCAUCAUUUAAAUGAAUUUUGUAAAAAAGAUUUCAAUUGCGAUGCUGAAUAUGGAGCUGGUAAUGUUCAUUUAAUAAGCGCCGUUCAACAUGGGUUAUCAUCGGUUCAUUUAAAUAUCACAGCUGAUGAACCUGUUCUACUUGCCAAUGGAAAAGUCAGUCAAACAUCAUUAUCAUACAAUUAUACAGCACUUCUAACAAGUGCCUUAUUUCAAGCUAAAAUUGAUAUUGAACAUUUGAAUGAUGAUCAACCAUUAUAUUUGUCGAGUCCUUUAAAUCCAAAUUUAAUGGUUAGUCGAACAAGUCGAUUAUUAUUCGUCCUAUUGGGUAUUACACUCGUUGCUAUUGUAUUCGGUUCGACUGUAUUUUUCUUUCAACGAAUUCGUCGUCAUAAUUACUCAAUAUUGAUUAAAAAUGCACGAAUGUGUCAACCAAUGCAAGAUGAACCGUUAACCUGUACACCUUCGAUGUCUGGCUUGCAUCCGUAG